GAUACAGCAGCGCGAGAGAGCCUCUAUCACCUGGUCGCUGCCAUGCGCGCGCUGGAAAGUUACACAACAGUUUAUAAGGAAUCGUCUCCGAAGUGAAGAAGAAAGUCUGUGGUGCAGCACGUGGGUGCCUAGCAAAUGCCUGAAGCCUAGUUACCAGUCGCAAUGGAGCCUGUAAGCAAAGAUGCGAAGACUAAUCCGGCCGCUUCGGCUAAUAUUUUCUCGCAGAUAUUCUUCUGCUGGUUGAACCCCCUGUUCCGCAUUGGAUACAAAAGAAGGCUUGAGGAAGAUGACAUGUUCAGAGUGCUUCCUGAGGAUGGGUCCAAAAGACUGGGGGAGGAACUUCAGAGCUAUUGGGACCGUGAGGUUCAGAUGGCAACCAAAGAGCUCAGAACUCCUAAACUCACCAAAGCCAUUAUCAAGUGCUACUGGAAGUCAUAUGCCAUUCUUGGCAUAUUCACCCUUAUUGAGGAAGUUAUUAAAUUGGUGCAGCCAGUGUUUCUGGGCAAGCUGAUUCAGUACUUUGAGAACUAUAACCCUCAGGACAUGGGUGCACUGUAUGAGGCAUAUGGCUAUGUUACCGGGGUCUCUCUCUCCACACUGGGCCUUGCGCUUCUACACCAUCUCUACUUCUACCACGUCCAAAGAGCUGGCAUGAAGAUACGUAUCGCCAUGUGCCACAUGAUCUACAAGAAGGCUUUGUGCCUUAGCAGUGUCGCUAUGGGUAAGACCACCACGGGACAGAUUGUCAACCUCUUAUCUAAUGAUGUCAACAAGUUUGACGAGGUGACAAUUUUCUUGCACUUUCUUUGGGUGGGACCAUUGCAAGCUGCAGCUGUUAUCGGCCUUCUGUGGCAAGAGAUCGGACCAUCUUGUCUGGCGGGUAUGGCGGUGCUUGUCUUUCUGAUGCCGCUGCAAACAGUGUUUGGACGUCUUUUCUCCAAAUUCAGGAGUAAAACAGCAGCUUUUACUGACAGCAGAAUACGCACAAUGAAUGAAGUGGUGUCUGGGAUUCGCAUCAUUAAGAUGUAUGCCUGGGAAAAGCCUUUUGCAGCCUUGGUCAACGAUGUCAGAAAGAAAGAGAUUUCCAAGAUCAUGAGCAGCUCCUACCUGCGUGGCUUGAAUAUGGCCUCUUUCUUUUCGGCAAGCAAGAUUAUCGUGUUUGUGACGUUCACCGUGUACGUGUUGGUGGGAAACACAAUCUCAGCCAGCCGUGUGUUUGUAGCGGUGUCGCUGUACAGUGCCGUCCGCCUCACUGUCACGCUGUUCUUUCCUGCGGCUAUCGAGAAAGUGUCUGAGGCCGCCGUCAGCAUCCGCAGGAUCAAGAAGUUCCUUUUGCUGGAUGAGUUGGUUAAGCACAGUGUACCAUUGCCUCAAGAGGAGAAAAAGGAAGCGUCACUGGAGAUCCAUGACCUCAUCUGCUACUGGGACAAGAGUCUGGACGCUCCAACGCUGCAAAACUUGUCCUUCACUGUAAAGCCAGGACAGUUGCUUGCUGUGAUUGGCCCGGUUGGGGCAGGAAAGUCCUCUCUGCUCUCCACCAUUCUGGGGGAGCUGCCCCAGGAUAAAGGAGUCAUAAAAGUUAAAGGGGAGUUGACCUAUGCUUCCCAGCAGCCCUGGGUGUUUCCAGGGACAAUCCGCAGCAACAUCCUGUUUGGGAAGGAGCUGGAGCCACACAAAUAUGAGAGAGUUCUGAGGGCCUGUGCUCUUAAAAGGGACAUGGAGCUGCUACCUGAGGGGGACCUGACUGUGAUUGGAGACCGAGGUGCAACUCUGAGUGGAGGACAGAAAGCUCGGGUUAACCUGGCCAGGGCUGUGUAUCAAGAUGCUGAUAUUUACCUGUUGGACGACCCCCUGAGUGCAGUGGAUGCAGAGGUGGGCAGACAUCUGUUUGAUCAGUGUAUCUGUGGUGUUUUAAAGAAGAAACCGAGGAUCUUAGUCACUCACCAGCUGCAGUACCUGAAAACAGCUGAUCAUAUCCUCGUUUUGAAAGAAGGUCACAUGGUGGCACAGGGCACGUACUCAGAGCUGCUACGUUCAGGUGUGGACUUCACCUCUCUGCUGAAGAAGGAUGAGGAAGAGGAGCAGGCAGGAGGGACUGUGGAGUCUUUCCGCACUCGGACCCUCUCGCAGAACUCCGUUCGCUCGCGCACCUCAUCAGUGAUGUCCGAUAAAGAUGAUUCAGAGCAACUACCGGCAGAACCUGUUCAAACCAUGGCAGAGGAGAGCCGUUCUGAGGGGACCAUUGGUGUUCGCAUAUAUCUGAAAUACUUCACUGCUGGAGUCAACAUGCUUAUGCUGCUCAGCCUCAUACUGCUCAAUCUGCUCGCACAGACAGCCUAUAUUCUUCAAGACUGGUGGCUUGCUUACUGGGCUUCGGAGCAAGAGAAACUGGAUGUGCUCAACCGCAACCUUACCUUCACCCACAGCAUUAACGGCAGUCUUAACCAGAACGUUACUCAACAACUCUCUCUUGACUUCUACCUGGGCAUUUAUUCAGGUUUGACCGUGGGCACCGUCAUCUUUGGCUUCAUGCGCAGUCUGAUGAUGUUUAAUGCUCUGGUGCGCUCUGCUCAGACACUCCACAACCGCAUGUUCAAUUGCAUCCUGAGGACCCCUGUCCGCUUCUUUGACAUUAACCCUAUCGGAAGAAUCCUGAACCGUUUCUCAAAGGACAUUGGACACUUAGACUCAUUACUUCCCUGGACAUUCGUGGACUUUAUCCAGGUGUUUUUGCAGAUUAUAGGUGUCAUCGCUGUGGCUGCUUCAGUCAUCCCGUGGAUUAUGAUCCCUGUGCUGCCCCUCCUGAUAGUCUUCCUGUUCCUGCGGCGCUACUUUCUGCAGACCUCUCGUGAUGUCAAACGUCUUGAAUCUACUACUCGAAGCCCUGUAUUUUCCCACCUGUCAUCCUCACUGCAAGGCCUUUGGACUAUUCGUGCCUUCAAGGCUGAGGAAAGGUUCCAGCAAACCUUUGAUGCUCAUCAAGAUCUGCACUCAGAGGCUUGGUUUCUGUUCCUGACUACAUCACGCUGGUUCGCUGUGCGUCUGGAUGGAAUGUGUUCCGUGUUUGUUACCAUCACUGCCUUUGGAUGCCUUCUGCUGAGACACAAUCUGGAGGCAGGUGCAGUAGGCUUGGCCUUGUCAUAUGCAGUCACCCUGACGGGUAUGUUUCAGUGGGGUGUGAGACAGAGCGCUGAAGUGGAGAACAUGAUGACAUCUGUAGAGAGAGUGGUGGAAUACACUGAGCUCGAGAACGAAGCACCAUGGGAAACACAGAAGCGACCUCCUCCUGAAUGGCCUAGUCAGGGCAUGAUCACCUUUGACCGGGUCAAUUUCUCCUACAGUUCUGAUGGGCCUGUGGUCCUCAAAAACAUGACAGCAAUGUUUAGACCCAAAGAGAAGGUUGGUAUCGUUGGUAGAACUGGUGCUGGAAAGAGCUCUCUGAUCUCUGCACUGUUCCGUCUGGCAGAGCCGGAGGGUAAGAUCUACGUGGACGGCGUGUUGACCCCUGAGAUUGGCCUACAUGACCUCCGCCAGAAGAUGUCCAUCAUCCCACAGGAUCCUGUGUUAUUCACUGGCACAAUGAGAAAGAACUUGGACCCCUUCAACGAACAUUCAGACGAGGCCCUGUGGAACGCUUUGGAGGAGGUUCAGCUGAAGUCUGUGGUGGAGGAGUUGCCCAGUAAGCUGGAGACAGUACUGGCUGAAUCUGGUUCUAACUUCAGUGUAGGCCAGCGGCAGCUUGUUUGUCUGGCCAGAGCCAUCCUGAGGAAGAACCGCAUCCUCAUCAUUGAUGAGGCCACAGCUAACGUAGACCCGAAAACAGAUGAGCUCAUUCAGAAGACCAUUCGAGAGAAGUUCCAGGAGUGCACUGUCCUCACCAUCGCACACAGACUGAACACAAUCAUAGACAGUGACCGCAUACUGGUUCUCGACGCGGGCCGGAUCCAUGACUAUGAUGAACCUCAUGUCCUCCUCCAGAACCAGGAUGGAAUCUUUUACAAGAUGGUGCAACAGACAGGAAAGGCGGAGGCAGCCUCCCUAAAACAGCUGGCAAAACAGGCGUAUAUGAACCGCAGUCGGCCCAACCUGGCCAAUGGUCUGACCUCCAGCAAAGAGGCUAACCUGGUUAUCUUCGAAACAGCCCUGUGAGGGCCUAGUGGCCGCUGCACAAGGCUGUCCCACCACACAUAUCUCUAUAGAGCCCUUGGAGGCAUAUCUUUGCCCUAUCCACAACACUCAAACCCCUCUUCGUGGACAGGAUUAAAAAAGAGGGACAACGCACACCCAGAGUACACAGGCUCAUGCUGGAUACAUACUACACUAAGCUUGAGAGAGGCAAAGACUCAGUAAUAAUCAACGAAGACCAAGGCUGUCCUGCAUUUCUCCAGGCAUUAGAUUGUACCUCCUAAACCAGCACUCUAAACUUGUAAUGAUUUCACCGCUCACUUUAGUGAUGCGCCUAAGACAUCUGGGAGGACUUUUGAUUGUAGAUCACUGUAGUAUGUGCCUUAUCAUCUACCAGGAUUACAGGAGAUGUGCUGAGAUUUUAUAUAGCCAAAGUUCCCAGGGAAUUAAGCUCUUUCACAGAAGCAGAUAACAGCCUCUUCGACUUAACUUUAACUGCUUCUUUCGGUUAUGCUGUUGCCUUCAGUCCCCUGGCUAUAUAGCUAAUGGUAUUGCUGGAUAUUUUUGUACUGCUUCUAGAAACAUUAUUUAUUACUAUUGUUAUUGCUUUUGAAAUGUGUAUUUCUUUAAAUUCCAUUGUCGAAAGGUGACUUUUUUAGCUAAAACUAGUCAACCAAAUAACUGCACUGUGAUAAAUCAACAUUUUUAGGUAUACAGUCCAUAAGAAAACCUUGAAAUAUUUUGAUGGGAUCAUAGUACUUUCUGAUUAUUGCUGUGGCCUUGUGACAGAAUGGAAGUAAAAUGUAAAACAUAAAAUAUUUUAGGAAGAGCUGUGGGAGAUUUUAGGGUGGCCGUUCCUUGAUGUAGAAAAUCUUCUCUUGCACAGUCCAUCACCAUCUUCACCAUCUUGUCCAUCUCUAUCUUAAUUGCAAGCAAAAAUCUCAGUCAUUGUAAUAAAAACAAUGGCACAUUAAACAUUCCAUAGUUAAUUCUGGCCAAACUCAUCAGACACACUUGUUACAAACACCAACAUAGGGCAUUCAUCGUCAUGUAACUGUGUCUGCGAUUCUCGUGUGCUGCACUGUUGCUCAGGAUGAAUAUCACAGAAUGAUUACUCUCUUUUGCAGUGCUUUUUAUUAGACACUGGACCCCACAUACUAAAUAAAUAUAUAAAUAUACAUAAAUAUUGUAUAUUUUUUGUGUCUAGUUGUAAAAUUACACAUCACAGUGAUAGUGAAUCUAUAACUAUUUUACCCCUAUUUGAUAAUGUAUUGUGUCUGUCCUGAAAAAAACAAAUAUCUAUGUUUGUCUGUGGUUAUAAUUUGUCAAGAUGAAACAUUGUCCUGUCCAAGAAUUUUAUUUAGCUUCCAAGACACAGAAUGUUUUUUUCCUUUCACAAGUGAGAAUAAUUUUAAUCACAUGUUAAUAUCCACUGUUAGAACAGCUUUUUUUGUUUGUUCGUGCCUUACAGACUGUCCCAUGAGGUCCUUAACAUGCCCAUGUUCUGUGUUCUCUAUUGAAAAGACUGUUCAGUAGCUGGUUAUUUUUGGGAAUUGUGAAUUUGAAAGGGACAGCAGGUAUGAAAAUGUACAAAGGUUUAUGUGCCUUCAUUGUGAGCUUGUUUGCUCAGCUGUUGCACUACCAGUCUUCUUCUUAAUCCUCUAUGGGUUUACUUGGAGCAUGACCAAAUUGUUUUGUUUGUCUCGAUUAUUUGUAUUAUAUUUUUGAAGAAAGGGCCAGUUAAAGAGAGAUGAUUAUUAUUCAGUACAGUUCAUUUCUAGCAUAUUGGAUGUCAUCAGUCAUCAGUUUUGAUGUUGAAGAUUAUUACUUACAAAAUUAUUUGAACCGUCCAAUUAUUUUGACUCUUCUUGGCAUAAAUGAGAAAGAAACUGAAUCCUCAAGCAGCUCACUUUAAACUACAAAAUCUCUGAUUAAUUGUUGCACUGGUUCAUCCUACAUGGAGUUUUUUCUGCUGAAAGUCUUGCUUGUAUUAUAGACUGUAUCAUGUAAUUGUCUGUCCUGUGUUCUUAUUUUAUGGAAAAUGCAUCGGUUAAUGUUUAAACAUACACAUUAUUAAAAGGGGCAAUGUGCAGUUUCUUGCCUGUGCAUGACAACAGUGUGUAAAUGAA